AUGUCUCGUUAUUUGAAAAAGAAAUUACUAAACAUCAACAUCGAAAGCAAGAUGAACGGGCGAUUACAAGAAAACGUGAGAGAAGAUGCAGUGAUGAGGAUUAUGGAAGUAGAGGAGAUCGUGAAUCUAGCAGGUAUCACAAGCAUGGUAAAAAUAGAGAAAGCCACCAUAGAUGGAGGUCACCGAGCCGAUCGGAUGAUAAACCCAUUAGGUAUCACAAGCAUGGUAAAAAUAGAGAAAGCCACCAUAGAUGGAGGUCACCGAGCCGAUCGGAUGAUAAACCCAUUAGGUUUACCUACUGUUAUUUGUGGUUUCAUUCCAGGGGUUUGA